CAUCCCGCAGACAUGUCCUGCUAUGACCUGUGUUCUCCCACUCCCUGUGGCCCAACCCCACUGGCGAAUAGCUGCAAUGAGCCUUGUGUCAGGCAGUGCCAGGAUUCGACAUACGUGAUCCAGCCCUCUCCCGUGGUGGUGACCCUGCCCGGCCCGAUCCUCAGCUCCUUCCCACAAAAUACCACAGUGGGAUCCUCAGCAUCUGCAGCUCUAGGGGAUGCUCUCAACGCUGGCGGGGUCCCUAUCUCCUCUGGCAGCUCCUUGGGACUCGGGAGCCUUGGAUAUUCAGGUCUAGGUGGCCUUUAUGGGAGGUCCUACCGUCGUUACAACCGGUGUGGACCAUGAUGAAGUCUUGGGGAAAAACCACAAAGGAACAAUGAGAAGCUUAAAAGCGUGAUCUGGAUGCAGGACUGAGUUCAUGACCAUGGCCAUAUGCUUGCUGACCACCCUCAGCUUUUCCCUAAGCUAAUGGGACUGCAGGAGCUUGGCAUUUCUGAUUUAAUGCCUUUCUCUGUUAUCAAUGAGGUGAAAAAUGUAACUUUAACUGUUGCAUGUAGGAGUUGGGUGUCCAGCUGUAAAGCAUUACCUCGAAAUGGAUGAUUAGUUUUAUCCAUAUUCAACCCUACUGCUUUCUUAUGCUGUACAUUUUUUUAAAUUUCUAGUUCUCACUCAUUAAAUUUAUGGAGCAUCGUAAUAUGUGUCUUGCAAUGUUCUUCCUCUCUCUUCCUCUUUGCAGCCUUCUCCGGGAGAAAUUUGCCUGGGCAUAAAUUCUCAGUACCAGGCAGAUCUUCAUUUAAAUCAUGCCAUACCAAUUAGUAAGGAGGUAAUCAUAGACAGAUGUAGCAAUGAGUAAUACCCCCUUUUUCAUAGAUAUAUUUUCCCUUAGUCACACUUCUUUAAGUACAAUAUGAAACAAUCAUUCCUGGCUAACAAACAAUCAAUGG